UCUCUUUAUUCGUCUUAUCCCCUUCCAAGCCUUCUCUACCACACAGAGCUCUAAAUGCUGUCUUUUUUUUUUUUUUUUUUCUAUCUCCGCAUAUUCGCCACUCUGCCCUUCUUUCUAACAACAUCGCAGAUCUAAAGAUUUGCGCCUUUGCAGAUUGUAUCUCCGCUUCUUUGCCAUUCUCUUUAACUGCCUCAUAGAUCUGCGCAUCUUAUAAGCUAGGAGUCACAAAUCUAGGUCAAUUACAUGUAUUCAAUACAAGAAGCGAUUGUUUUCUUCUGUUAGCUCUUGCGAGAUUUUACUUCUAUUGAUUGGAUCAAGUGUUUGAAGAAUUUUGAUUUUGUUGAUGGAGGAGGCAACAGAUCAGACAGAAUUGAACAUUGAUGGCUUGUCUUCAGUUCCAGUCGAUCAAGAUUUGGUGGGUGUUUCAGUAAGUAAUGUUGAUGAAGCUUACAAGUUGUAUAACGAUUAUGCUUAUAGAGUUGGUUUUAGUGUGAGGAAGGGUAAACAACGUUAUAAGGGCUCUACUAAUACAGUUAAAAUGAAGAGAUUUUAUUGUUCUAAGGCUGGUCAUAAGGUUAAGGUAAACCCUGGUGUUAGGUCUUAUUCAAAAAUUGAUUUAAGAACGGGGUGUGGUGCGUUUGUUCAGUUUGAUGUAGAUGGGAACGGGGUGUGGACAAUUACGAAACAUGAGAAAGGGCAUAAUCAUGAGUUAUGUCCUUCAGACAAGAGUCAUUUACUUCGUUCACAUAGAAAAGUGGGAAAGAAUCAGCUUUCAUAUCUAAAAGAUUUGAAGAGGAGUGGAGUUGCAUUGACGGAUGGUGUUAGGUUUUUGACACAGCAAUCAGGGGGGUCUCCAUUUGUUGGUUUCACCAAUCCAGAUGCUUUUAAUUCUCUGUCUUAUGAUUCAUUGAAGAGUUUGGAUGGAACUGAUUCCAAUUCUUUAAUUGAAAUAUUUAGGAGGAGGCAGUGUAAUGAAUCUGAUUUUUUCUUUGAUUUCGAAGUUGAUGCUGAUGCAAGAUUAUGCAAUUUUUUUUGGAGGGAUGGUCAAAUGAGACGAGAUUAUGAGUUGUUUGGAGAUUUGGUAGUGCAUGAUACAACAUAUCGCACUAACAAAUCCAAUAUGAUUUGUGGUCCUUUUGUAGGGAUGAAUCAUCAUUGCAUGAAUGUAAUGUUUGGAUGUGGUUUUUUAAUGAAUGAGAGAAUAGAAUCAUUUGUGUGGUUGUUUAGAGCAUUUUUAAGAUCUAUGGGUGGUAAGUAUCCACAAUCUAUUAUGACGGAUCAAUGCGCGACUAUGGCUGCUGCUAUUUCUCAAGUUUUUCCAACAUCACGUCAUCGUCUUUGCAUAUGGCAUAUUAGUGAGAAUUCAAAGAAACAUAUCAAGACAUUAAGGAAUAAUAAGGAUUUCUUGGAUUUAUUUAACUGUUUGUUGAAAUACACGGAUACCGAAGCUGAGUUUGAAUUUUAUUGGACAAGGAUGGUGACAGAGCAUAAGUGUCAUAAGAAUGUUUGGUUAGAAAAACUUUAUGAUUGUAGGGAGAAGUGGUGUCCAGCAUUUAGUAAGGAUUAUUUUUCUGGGGGUAUUUUAUCUUCCCAAAGGAGUGAAACUACAAAUCAUUCGAUUUCUAGAAGGCUAUCAAAAACAGUUGGGCUUUGUGAUUUCUAUUCUUCUUUCAUUAGUAUUGUUUCUGAAUGGAGAAGUAAAGAAAACGGGGAAGAUUUUCGUUGUGCUCAAGGUGUACCUAAUAUGGUCACAGAACAUGUGAAACUUCUUUCACAUGCUAGAGAGGUAUAUACUAUUGAAAUAUAUUUUUUGUUUGAGGAGCAAUUUUUGAAAGGCACCGCAUGUCAUCAAGAAUGUGUUUUGAAUGAUGGUUAUCAGUACAAGUAUCAUGUGUGGCGUCCUGAUAUAGAUGUUAUAAGGCAUGAAGUUAGUUUUAAGUCCACCGAUUUGGAUAUUUGUUGUAGUUGUAAGUUGUUUUCUGAAGUGGGAAUUCUUUGCUGCCAUUGCUUACGCAUUUUGAAUGUACAUUGUGUUAGUACUAUUCCUGAUAAAUACAUUCUAAAAAGAUGGACUAAAAAGGUUAUUGAAGGUAGAACUGUGAACAUUGCUUCUUUGUCAUAUAAUGUUGGUGUUGCUUCUUCCAUUUGGGUUGUUGAGAUGAUUAAGAAAUUUCAAAGAUUGAUUGUUGCUAGUCAAGAUAACGUUGUAGCUAGACAGAUUUGUGAGGAAGCUUUUGAAAAUGCAAAGAAAAGAAUUGAAGCUGAGGUUGGUCAUGUGCAUAUUGAAGAGUUUAAUGUUUCAUCUUCAAGUGGUAUUGUACAGAAUCCUUCAAGCCAGAGAUAGAAAGGUGGGCGUAACAAAAGAUGGAAUAGUAUUAUUAUUCAGAAGAAGUAUAUUCUUGCAAGAGGGCGAAGGAGUUAUGCAAAUACGGUUGCUUCAAAUACAAAGAGCUUUAUUCAAUCUUUAGCUUUUGAAAGUCUGUAUUAGAUUGCCUGAGAGGAUAUCUUGUACAUCCAGGUUCUAGGAAGUCACAGUUAGUUUAUUUUAAUAAGAGUUUAAUUGACUAUGUAGUUGUAGAUUGACAUUGUGUUUGUAUAAUUGCUCUUAUGAAUUAAGCUUUAAAUACAUUAACCUUUUAUAA